UGUCAAAUCUGCACCCCGAACGCCACGAACGUCGUCUGGAGCGACUGUCAAUGCGUGUUAGCGGACGGCGUGGAGCGAGGGAUCCUGACAGCGAACAGAAUGAUACCUGGGCCGAGUAUUCAAGUUUGCCAAGGGGACAAAGUGGUUAUCGACGUGGAGAAUCAUAUCGAGGGUAUGGAAGUCAGUCUUCACUGGCACGGAAUCUGGCAGAGAGGAUCCCAAUACUACGACGGUGUGCCAUUCGUCACGCAAUGUCCAAUUCAAGAGGGCAGCACCUUCAGGUAA